UGUCGCCAUGGAAACUUGAACGCGAGUGCUCGACGUUGGUUUUUGCAAAAAAAAAUGGCUGAGUCAGUGGUCAGAGCUUUAUACGGUAGAGGGACUUCUUUAACUUUGGCCUCGAAGAAAAUAAAAGAGGUUCCCAAGUGUGUCUCCAGAUUAACAAACCUCUCGGUUCUCCUGCUGAACAACAACUCCAUCAGCGCCCUGCCCGCCGAGCUGCUCUCCCUGCAACACCUGGCUGAGCUGAAUUUGGGAAAUAAUGCCUUGAAGGAGGUUCCCGCUGUUUUGGGCCAUCUGGAGUCCUUGAAGAAGCUGUAUCUAUUCAGCAACCAAAUUACAGUCGUGCCACCUGAGGUGAUAGGUGGCUUACAGAACCUUGUUGUCCUCAAUCUGAAUCACAAUCAGAUUCAAAGACUUCCACCAGAGAUUAAAAGUUUGAGUAGGCUUCAACGUCUCAGUGUGCUGGACAAUAAGCUGGAGGAGGUUCCUGUUGAGUUGGGCCAUCUCACGAGUUUGUCUGAGAUAAACUUGACUUCCAAUCAUUUGUCUUGGCUACCUCAGCAGCUGUACCAGUGUAAAGAACUAACCAAGUUGUAUGUAGCCAGAAACAAGCUGACCAGCCUACCAGAGGGAAUUGGGACACUGGCCAAACUCCAAGUUCUGGAUGUGGCUGGGAACAAGCUGUCCAUGUUCCCUGUUGAGUUUCACCUGCUGCCCCUGAAGGAGGUCUACUGUGAAGGCAAUAGGUUUGUGCGCUGUGAGCCGAUGGCAUCAGUGCAGGAUGCGGAGGUGCUUUCAUUAAAGGAACUGGUUGCCAGAUUUGUCUUGCGGGAGGACAGGAACAGGUCCUCUCUGGUCCACAGGAUGCUUCCCCACUACCCGUUCCUGACUGACCUGUUGGCCAAUGGCAGCCGUUGUGCGCUCUGCCUGGGCCCCUUCCUCACCACCUGGCUGGAGUGUGUGCAUUUUAUCAGACUGAAGGACGUAAAAGUGAGGAGUUCGCUGACUAUUCCAGUGCGGGCCCUUCUUUGUUCAUACAAGUGCUUUAAUGCAGAUGGACACUCCUACUAUGGUGUUGCUAAAAGAUAAAUACAAGUUUAUUAAAAAGAAUGAUUGUUUCAAUCAAUAUCUACAGACGCUGUGGGUCACCUUCCUUGGAGUCUGCCAUGUUGAACCGCCAUGUUUCUACAGUAUCCCAGAAUGGACAAACCAAACACCGGCUGUAUAUAGGGGCUUUCAGGUUUUUCAUGUUUUUUGUGAAUUUGCAGUCACUGUAGGUUCUCCAACACAUUUCACAACCCGUUCUCAUUCCCAGGUUGUCAUCCCAGACGCAAGCGGUGUUCAGUUAGUCGCAGUCUGCAACUUCAUUGCUAGAUGCCACUAAAUCCUUCACACUGGUCCUUUAGAAUAGAAAACAUGUGAUCAGUUUAUAAAAUACAUUACAGUUGUGUGUUUGCAGCUCCACCAUGGAGUGAUGUCCACUCAAAACAUGGUUAAACUACAAAACUGUAUGUAAACCAGUCAAAGUUUGUUCCAAUGACAACAGUGUUAACAACAUAUAAUAUAUGUCAUUUAUAAUAAUGUAUCAGUCAUGGGGCAAAACAAGUACUUUUACUUUGAUACUUAACUUAGUAAAUUUAGUUAGUAAUACCUCUGCACUCUUACUUAAGUAGGAUUUUGAAUGAAAAACUUUUAUAUGUAAUAUAUGUGUAGUAUUUUCACAAGGCGGUAUCACUUUAGUUAGUACUAAAGUGAAGGAUCUGAAUUCUUCUUCCAUAACUGAUAUUUAGUUUAUGAGGUUUUUGUGCAUUGAAAAUCUCACAGAUGUCAUUUAACUCUGUGGACACUAGAUGGCAUCAAAUGAACAUUGAAAAUUGGCAAUCUAGUUGGACCCAGUUUUACUGUAAUGUUUACUGCAGGCUUCAGUUGGUAGCCUGUAGUGUAUAUUUAUGCUGUGUGCCAAUAAUAACAUUGCAACAGCUGUAUACAAGCCAGUACAUGGUGACUUUGCUUACUACAGAGUACUUGUGUACUACUACUACUACUACUACAAGCCUAUGAAUACCUAAAUUAAAUAUAGCUGUUUUUCUCACAUUGGUUGGUCAGUUCAUGUAUGUAAUAUACUGUAUAAUUGGAAACCCUGCGGAUACUUUCACCAUGUGUUCAAUAAAAAGCCUAAAUGGAGGUACAAACAUUA